AUGACCCGAUCUUUGAACGCUGAUGUCUCAGCUCACACGCGUACCAGGACGGAAGAGACAAAUCAAAACAAGUCAGAUGCUGACUCCGACUGUAAUAACGAUGUUUUGAACAGCCUCUUCCAUCUCUAUCGCUUUGCGGAUGCAUACGAGUGCGUCAAACUGCGCAAUGACGUUAUCAGCGCCUUCAGCGACCUUACGAAAGAUGGAUUGGCUCCCGACCCCGAAACGAUCGCUUUCAUGUUCGAAGAAUUACCUCCUUCUUCUACCAUCUGUCAAUACUUCGUCAAGAGUGCUGCGCUGAAUUGGGGCCACUACAGGGGCCCUUAUCGAGCGCUACUCGAGGCUACACCGCUGCCCCAAGAUUUCUUAGUAGAAGUUGUGCGCAUCAACCACAAGAUUGCAAGCAAAGGCAAAGGAAUGGAUGCAUUAUGCAACGAGAUACAAGAUCGCUGUAACUUCCACGAGCAUGCAACGGAAGAUGAAAAGCAGCUGUUCAAGAUUAUCCUAAUCUUCGCCAGUCUACAGCUAUAA